AUGCCGCAAACGCCUUUGGAGAUCUAUGCCAGAUCGCUGCCCGAGGACGCAGACGAUGCCCUGAUGCUAUUCCCCAUGUACACCGUUGCCAGUGACGUGCUGCUCAAGAUGACGAAGGUCGAACCACACGAGAAGCUGAAGGAGUGGGGCAAGCUCGUGAACUUCAGCGACAACUUGGGGAAAGCGGCUUUCGUGUCGCACCAGUGGCUUACGCAACAGCACCCGGAUCCCGACUUCAGACAGAUGAGCAUUCUGCAGGAUGCCGUGAGGCGGAUCCUGAGCAGCUCUGGGUCCAUUUCCUUGGAUCCCGUCACAGAAUCCGUGGUGCAAACGGCCAAGCCCUUUCCGAUGAAGGACUUUCAGACGCAGGCCCUGUUCUUCUGGUACGACUAUUUCUCGUGUCCACAGCUGCUGUAUCCGACGCCGGUUGCUCAUGAUCAUGAAGCUGACGUCUCACAGCAGUCCAGUCAGUCCAGCGCCAUCAACAGCAUCCCAGCGUACGUGGCCAAGUGCGAGAUGUUCCUCGCGUUGUGCCCUGUUCUCCCCAGUGACUCGGAAGGCAAAGUGAUCACAGCGGGGACUUGGAGCAGGCGAGGGUGGUGCCGCCUCGAGCGAGCCGCACGAGAGCUGUCGGCAAACAGCACUUGGAUUCUCAUUCAGAGCGAUGCCUCCAUAGAAGUUGUUGGCACAGCGCUGUCCUUUCCACGGGGGACCGUUGGGGAAGGCGACUUCGGAGUCGUGGAGGAUCGGCAGAAGCUGGCCCCGGUGAUGCGGAAGAUCCUCGUUCAGAAGCUGAACCACUGCUUGCGCGUGGGCGACUUGCCUGGAUUCCGACGCCACUUCAACCUCCAGACAGUUCAUCUGCGGGGUCUGGAGAUCGAGCCAGUGGUCGGCUUCCUCCCCUGCGAGGACCAUGGUGGUGAUGCGGUGCUCCAAAACGGCUUGAGGAGGGUCGGCGAGGUCGACAGGGCGGGGUGGCAGCCCCUUCACUAUGCAGCACUCGCUGGCAACGUAGAGGUGCUGCGAGGUUUGCUGGAGAAGCUCGCCGAUGUGAACCAGCGCACGUCGAAGGAUGAGCCGAUGCUCGGCUUUCGGCGUUGGAUGUCCGCUUUGGACUUGGCAGUAUUUUUCAGGCACCACAAGGCAACACGCUUGCUUCUUGCGGCGAAGGCUUUCCAUUCUCAACUUCAGGGCGGAAUCGCGCCGGCAAUCCUGCAUGCUGCCGCUGGAGACAAUGCAGAAGCUGUCCGUCUCUUGUGCGCAGCGGGUGCCAGGCCGCUUGCCCGGAAUCUACUUGGCCCCACCAGCUUGCAAAGCGCUGCUGGCCUUGCGGCGACAGAGGCCCUGGAGGAACUCGUGGUGCAGGGUCGGCCGAAUUCGCUGGAUCUUUCUCGGGCACUCUUCGACGCUGCAGGAUUUCGGGGUGGCUCGGCAGAGCUGGUGCAGAGGUUGAUUUCUCUCCGUGCUGAUGUUGACUUUCAGAUGAAUGUGACCCGUGACUACGGGCCACUGGGCCAGCUGUUGUUUGCGUGGAAGUCCUUUCAGUAUAGCCUUGGCCGGAGGAGUGUUAUGACGGCUGCCGCUUUUCAUGCCAAUGGCAGCACCCCGCUGAUGCAAUCCAUCCGGUCGGCUCAAUUCGAGGCCGCCGCGGCCCUCAUCGCGGCCGGUGCCAGGCUCGACCUCCGCAAUGGCCGGAACUGGACCGCGGCAGACUUUGCCCAGGGCCAGUCGGUCCCUCGCUUUGUACAGCUUGGCCUCGAGGGGGACGCGUCGGAGUGCAGCCGAGUGUCCUCGCUUGCGCUGUCGACCGGUUGCGUUGCCGUGUGA